UGCGCGCAAUCCUUUGCUGGCGGUUAGUUUUGAAUCUGGUGCUUGGUGAAGGGCGCCGCGAGCCGCUGAUAAUCCGGGGUGAGGCCGGCCGUGCAGGAUUUUUAGCUGUGAUCAUGGCACCACCUAAGAAAAAAAACAAUAGAGGACAAAAAAAUCGUUCUGUAAAGAAUGAAAAACUGGCUUCAUUCAUCAAGGAUUUCGACAGUGAAGUCAAGAUCAGAGUUGAAGAAUUAAAAGGUACUGUGGUGAACACACUGAAAGAAGUGGAUAGCCUGUACAAUUUUGAAAUAAUCAAAUUACCUAUGGCCUUACGAGAGAUGUGCUGGCUGGAUUUUUUUGCAAAAGGUGGAAGUCAAAAAGCUUUGGAAGCAGCAGCAAUGGUAAAUGUAGACAUGGAUGAAAUAACCUCAAGUGUUUCCAAAACACCUUUCAAAUCUGCAAAGAAAGUGAAAAAAGGCAAGAACGUUUUAAACGAAGAUGAAGUGGAAAACAAUCUUCUUAAAAGUGUAUUGAGAACAAAAUCCAAGGCAAAAAUCUCUGCUAAGAAGCCUGCUGCUGCAAGAAAAACCAGAGCUUCUGCAACUAGUGUGACGAACACCAGUAAAAGAACUAGUAAAAGGACUCGUGCAACACCCUCCACCAACAGAAUAGCAGAUAACACACUACUUGGAUACACCCCGAUGGUCACACCCAGAAUUGAUACCAGGGUGUUUAAAACACCAGGGCUUCGACCAGAGAGUGUGCAGGAAAAUGUGUAUAGUCUAUCUGAAAAUGGCAGUCCUUUGGCACCUGCAAAUGAUGUCUUUAUUACUCUACCAACACUGGAGGGAAAGAAUAUUCGUCUUAUGGCAAGUGAUGUAAAUAGUGUUAAUUUCAACAGCGUAGACCCACAAGCAAUUGAAAAUAUUAAACUGCUCUCGAGUCAACUGGAAAAAAUUUGCAGAAGACUAAAGUGAAUAUUUUGAUUUUAUUUUUUUAACCCUAUAUUGCAUUGUUUCCUUUUUCAUUUUUUUUUAUAGGAGCUGUAUAUAGUUUUUCUCCUUUAGUGAAAUAAUAUACCAGGUUUUGCAAUUCAGAUGUGACUUGUGUUGCUGAUCUGUAACUGCUUUAUCUUGAUAUCCAUAUUGUUAUUUCACCAAUUAAUAAAGUCUUUUUCUACCAGGCUAAA